AUUACUACGUCUAGAUUUAAAAAGCAAAUAACUAUGAAUAUGAAGUUUCAGAAAGAAACAUCUUCCAUAAGACAACCUAGGAGGUACCCUCCUCGUAUUAGGAUAAACGAUAAUUUUCCACCUAGACUUACACCAAUCAUAGAUCAGGAUUUAGGACAUUUGUGCAAGAGGGGCGAGCCUUUAUUGAAUGUUAUUUGCGGGCCCAGUGAAGGCAUGUGUCCCAUCAAUUAUGAAUGCGAUAUGCGGAGAGGCUUGGAUGAAUUCGGAAAGUGCUGUAUAAGAGAGGACCUAUGUCCAGAUCAAACUUUAGCAUUAUCACGUGGAGUUUGUAGGACGAAUGGAACAUUCAAUGAUUGUCCAUCCAAUUUCAGGUGUAUACCUAUAGCCCUCAACUUCGGAAUCGUUAAUAUGUGUUGCAAUGCCAUAAAGCCUGGUACUUGCCCCAGCGUCACACUUCAAGAACAAUUUACCUCCACCAUAAACUAUACUAUCCCAUUAUUCAAUUCUACUACUACAAAUCCUUUAAUAGCCGUAGUAGCUAUAACCAUACCCAUUCCGAGUUGCGCCGGAGCCUGUAUCCAUGACUUCUCUUGCAUGGGAAUGCAAAAAUGUUGCCAGGGAAGUAAUGGCUGCCCCGUCUGUACCAACCCAAAUUUCCCCCAGAGCGCAUUAGAACCUACAGCUCAUAUAUCUGGAACAAGAUCUGACAUAGCUGAUUUUAAUUCGCUUUCAAAUAGCUUUAAUAGACAUAGGUCGAUCAGUAAUAAUGACAAGAGUGCAGGAAUAGGAAAUUUUAUGGUAUCCGGUAACAGAGAUUCACCAGCUAGAGGUUUUAUGAGAAGUGGAGGUUUGGGGAGUCUAGUAAAAUUUUCGAGUGGGGCACGUGGCAUGCCAUUAAUGGAAGGAUUGUAUUAUGAUAACGAAGUGGAAAGAAAGGAAAAUAAUGAUCAAUAUUCAAAUAAUGCGAGAAAAGGAGUAGUCAGGCGAAACCUAGAUUAUAGCGGUAGAAGUAGAAAAAAUGAAAUGAAAGUGCAAGUUGAAAAUGGAGCUCAAUCAGCCUCUAAUCCCAUAAUGAUGACAGGCUUAUUUGGGGGCCAAUCAAUGGAUAUAAAGCCUGUUCCACAGAGAAGUUUUGAUCAAACGGCUUAUUUAUUAGCUGCCGAUAUGGCCUCAAGGCUCAAAUCUCAAAAUGAGGAACUCCAUAGAAGUGGAAAGCUUAACGAUGAUGGUUCUAUUUACGUGCCUGGAGAUCAAGCUGCCGUGGUUAAUGGGAUUUCCAGAUAUGAAAUCGAACAGAGGAAGUUGAGUACUGACUUGCAACCAGAAUGGAUUUCGGCCCUAUUUUCGAAUUUAGGGGGAAAAACAGAUAUUGAAAACAAGUAUAUUAAUACACCCAAUGUGAUCGGGGGGGACUAUAGCGGAAUGAAUGGAAAUUUCAUAGGAGCCAGACCCGGCUAUUUCAAUAAUUAUCAAAAUGAAGAGCCCCUUAUAAGAGUUUCAGAAACCAAGACCAUUUUAGGAUCUCCCGAUUCUCAAAAUAUGUUGAAUUCAAACACCGAAUUAGAUGGUUCGGAUCCGAAUAAUCCAUACUUCAACCCUUAUUAUGAUCCUUAUCAAAAUGUGGGAAGUCCCUCCCAUGGUGGCGAUAACAGGAUGAUUCAGAAAAACCCUCUCAUAUCAUUCAAUAAUCCGCCUUUAUCAUCUUUAUCUAUUGGGACUGGAUCCAUAGUGGGAGGUGCUCAUUCCGGCAAUCAAAUCCAACCAAUAGGCUCUUACCCGACGGUCUACAAUUCGUACAACUUACCUCCCAGAUACUCUACAGUUGAGUAUCCGUCUAAUCCUGCGCAACUUAUAGAGGCCUACAAAGGGCAACAUUUACCGAUAUCAUUGCAAAUAAAGGCUAAUGAAAUAAGGCUUAAAUCUGAAAACGGAGAAUAUAACGAAUUAGGACAAAAACUUGGCCCUUCUAGAAACUCGAAUAAAAAGGGUGAUGAUGAAGAUCAAGUGAAUUCGGCAGGAGAUGAAUAUGUGAAUGACGCUCUAUUCAGACUAGCCACCAAAAACAGAUAUAAAACCGGAAUUAAAGCCACGAUGGAUCCGCUCCAAUUUUUGCUUCCCUUCAUAUUCCACCUAAAGGACAAAAACUCUGAUCAUCCAAAACGGCAGCAACCCAUUGUGCUUAAGGGAUGAACGGAUAAACA